AUGGAACAUUUAAAAACAUUACGUGUCAAGCGAGGUAGCUUAGAAGCGCGACUAGCAAAUUUUCAGAUAUACGUUGAAAAAUGCAUGACACAAAUCGAUUCAAUAGACGAUAGAGUCUUAAAAAACAGACUUUCGGAUAUUGAAAGCCUACUCGCGGAAUUUUCUGAGCUUCAGGUAGGCAUUGAAUGCUCGGUGAAAGAAGAAGACUUACAAGGCGAGUAUGACAAGCGCAAGGCAUUUGAAAACGACUUUUAUUCAAUUAUUUCAAAAGCGCAAGGUCUUGCCAAGGAAAAUAGUACAGAUAAUGUAGGUUCAGCUUUGGUUUCCAAUCCAGAAAAUAGCAGAUUCCCUAGCUCAUCAGAAGUACGAUUACCGGCCCUAAAUCUGCCAAUAUAUUCAGGAGAGGCAGGUGAAUGGCUCCAGUUUCGCGAUAGCUUUGAUAGCUUGAUAAAUAGCAACCUUUCCAUUAGCAAUGUACAGAAAUUUCACUAUCUAAAGAAUGCUUUGAAGGGUGAGGCAUUUGAAGUUAUCGCCAAUAUCCAGGUCACACAUGACAAUUUUCCGAUAGCUUGGGAUUUAUUGUGUGACCAAUAUACUGACAAGAGGGCAUUGUUGCAUGUACAUACCAAGGCUUUAUUCGAUAUCCAUCCUGUAAAAAAGGAAUCUUCAAAGAGUUUAAGCCACUUGGUAGAUCAUGUGAGGAUGCACUUAAGGUCUUUAAAGUCAUUAGGACAGCCUACAGAAUCAUGGGAUACUUUAAUUAUAUAUUUGGUAUUCACUAAACUUGAUCCAGUGACAAUUAGAGAAUGGGAAUCAAAGGAUUUCAUGAAUGAUACUCCUAAGUUGGAAGCUUUUCUCACAUUUUUGAAACAAAAGUCAAAAAUGCUCAAAAGAAUGGAGGAAAACCCUACAGAGGCAAAUUCAAGCCAAAACGUAAAGGGACAAACUUCUAAACCACCAGCAGAGUCUAGUAAUAGAUCUAAUUCUCAUGUUCAGAGAAGUUAUCACAUCUCAAAUCGUACUUGUGCAUCAUGCGAUGCUCCAAAUCACAAAAUUUAUACAUGUACAAAGUUUCUAAGGUUGUCUGUGCCUGAACGAACCGAUUUAGUCGAAAAAUCCAAUUUGUGCGUUAACUGUCUAAAUCGGGGGCAUCAGGUAAACAAUUGUAACUUUGGUCAUUGCAAAAAUUGUACUGUUAAGCAUCAUUCUCUGUUGCACGUUUCCGAACCUUCUACAUCUAACACCAAUACGCAACAGUCUCUAUUUACAUUUAAUUUAAGUUCAAAACAGGUACUUCUAUCCACUGUCUUGUUAGAGGUAGUUGAUUCAAAGGGAAAUCGUCAUGAUUGCAGAGCACUUUUAGAUCCAGGGAGCCAGUCUAAUUUCAUUAGUUCACAUUUAUGCCAUAAACUUGCACUACCAAGAAAGCCUACAAAUAUUACGAUUUCAGGGGCAUUCAAGGUGGAAUCCAAAAUUCAGGCUGUUUGUCAAAUUCAAAUUGUGUCUAAAAACACUCCAUUUACUGCUUCUUUAGUCUGUUUGGUAGCUCCAGAAAUAUGCGAUGUUGUACCCGAAGCUCCUAUUGAUCCAUUAUUCAGUAAAUACAGAACAUUUCAAGCGUCAGCUACAGUAUUUCUAGAUGAUGAACAUAUCAAUACAGGUGGAAUAUACUUUCAACAUGAUGGUGCUUCACCAUACUACAGACGCAUAGUUAGAGAUUUUUAUUCGACAAUUUUCCCAAUAGAUGGAUUGGUAGAGGAAAAAUAA